AUGCAGCGCCUCAACGCCGAAUCCCUCUUCGACUCGGUCGGCCCGGCCUACGAACAUGCCUUUGCAGAAUGCACGCCCCAACGAGCGUCUCUCGAGUGGCUACUCGCACACCUCCCGGCCCGUGAAUGCUCCGUCCUCGACAUCGGCUGCGGAACCGGGCGUCCCGUGUGCUCGACCCUCGCCUCAGCAGGCCAUACCGUCACGGGAAUUGAUGUCUCGGGCGUGAUGGUUGAAGCCGCGACGCGCAACGUGCCCGCGGCGUCGUUUGUCAAGAUCGAUGUCCGGGACUUCGAACCACCAUGCGCCGCGACAUACGACGCCAUCACUGUCUACUUCAGUUUGAUUGCCAGCGUUAGCCGCGAGAAUAUCAGGUCGUAUAUCAGGCGGAUAUUCGACUGGCUGGCGGAGGGCGGGCUGUUCGUGUUUGCCACAGUGCCGAUUUCGGGGGAAGGGCUGGAGAUUGCGUGGAUGGGCCGGCCUAUUGUGGCGAGUGGGUUGUGUGAGGACGAGGUGCUCGAGAGGAUGAAAGAGGUCGGGUUUGAGGUGAUCAAGGUCGAGCGGAGCACGUAUAUGCCUAGGGCGGUCGAGGCGGGGAUCUGCAACGACGAGGAUGUGUGGGAGGAGGAGCAUUUGUUUGUGUAUGCAAGAAAGGGGCGCACGAUAUCUAAGAAUUCGUAG